AUGCCAAAAGAAUCCAAGACAGGCGACGCAAAGACCUCCAAGCGAGCGGGUGCUGGCGAGAAGAAGAAGCGAAGCAAGAAGGAUCCGAAUGCACCAAAGCGCGGCUUGUCAGCAUACAUGUUCUUUUCGCAAGAAAACCGGACGCAGAUCCAACAAGAGAAUCCAGAUGCUGCAUUUGGCCAGAUCGGCAAGUUACUUGGUGAAAAGUGGAAGAGCAUGGAUGACGAUCAGAAGCAGCCCUACAAAGACAAGGCAGAGGCAGAUCGGAAGCGCUAUGAAGCUGAGAAGAGACAGAUGAACGGCGGCGAUGAAUAA